CUCGCCGGCUCGCUGGCCGCGCUCCCUUUGUGGCCGAGUCGCGCGCACCGGCGGCGGCGGGCGCGUGUCUGUGCUCCGUGCGCGGCGGGCGCGCGGGGCCGGGGCUUGGAGGCGCCGCGGCGGAGCCGCGCGGGGAUCGCGUUCGCCUGGGAGCGGGGCGCAUCAUGCCGCGUCCACACACCGGAGAGAAAACUGAGAAUGAAAUUGCUUUGGCAAGCUAAAAUGAGCUCGAUUCAGGACUGGGGUGAAGAGGUAGAGGAAGGAGCUGUUUACCAUGUCACCCUCAAGAGAGUCCAGAUUCAACAGGCUGCCAAUAAAGGAGCGAGAUGGCUCGGGGUUGAAGGGGACCAGCUGCCUCCGGGACACACAGUCAGUCAGUAUGAGACGUGUAAGAUCAGGACCAUAAAAGCUGGCACCUUAGAGAAGCUCGUGGAGAACCUGCUGACGGCUUUUGGGGACAAUGACUUUACAUAUAUCAGCAUCUUCCUGUCGACAUACAGAGGCUUUGCCUCCACUAAAGAAGUGCUGGAGCUGCUGCUGGACAGGUAUGGGAACCUGACAAGCCCAAACUGUGAAGAAGAUGGAGGCCAAAGUUCAUCAGAGUCCAAGACCGUGAUCAGGAAUGCAAUCGCGUCCAUCCUGAGGGCCUGGCUUGACCAAUGUGCAGAGGACUUCCGAGAGCCCCCUGACUUCCCCUGUUUACAGAAACUGCUGGAUUAUCUCAAGCAGAUGAUGCCAGGCUCUGACCCAGAGAGAAGAGCACAAAAUCUUCUUGAGCAGUUUCACAAGCAAGAAGUAGAAACCGACAAUGGGUUUCCCAACAGCAUCUCCUUCAGCCUGGAAGAGGAAGAGGAACUGGAGGGCGGCGGGUCUGCGGAGUUCACGUGCUUCUCAGAAGAUCUCGUGGCUGAGCAGCUGACCUAUAUGGAUGCACAACUAUUUAAGAAAGUCGUGCCUCACCACUGCCUGGGCUGUAUUUGGUCUCGAAGGGAUAAGAAGGAGAACAAACACUUGGCUCCUACGAUCCGUGCCACCAUCUCCCAGUUUAAUACCCUCACCAAAUGUGUGGUCAGCACCAUCCUGGGGGGCAAAGAACUCAAGACUCAGCAGAGAGCCAAGAUCAUCGAGAAGUGGAUUAACAUUGCUCACGAAUGUAGAAUCCUGAAGAAUUUCUCCUCCUUGAGGGCCAUCGUUUCAGCGCUGCAGUCCAAUUCCAUCUAUCGUUUAAAAAAGACCUGGGCUGCGGUCCCAAAGGACCGAAUGCUGAUGUUUGAAGAGCUUUCAGAUAUCUUCUCAGACCAUAAUAACCACCUGACCAGCCGGGAGCUGCUGAUGAAGGAAGGGACCUCAAAAUUUGCAAACCUGGACAGCAGCGUGAAAGAAAACCAGAAGCGGACCCAGAGGCGGCUUCAGCUCCAGAAGGACAUGGGUGUGAUGCAGGGCACUGUGCCCUACUUGGGCACCUUCCUGACCGACCUAACCAUGCUCGACACCGCCCUCCAGGACUACAUCGAGGGUGGACUGAUAAACUUUGAGAAGAGGAGAAGGGAAUUUGAAGUGAUUGCCCAGAUCAAGCUCUUACAGUCUGCCUGCAACAGCUAUUGCAUGAGCCCAGACCCGAAGUUCAUCCAGUGGUUCCAGAGGCAGCAGCUCCUAACAGAGGAGGAGAGCUACGCCCUCUCCUGUGAGAUCGAAGCGGCUGCCGAUGCCAGCGCCACGUCACCCAAGCCUCGGAAGAGCAUGGUGAAGAGGCUCAGCCUGCUGUUUCUGGGGUCGGACAUUAUCACCAGUAGCACUCCCACCAAAGAGCAGCCCAAGUCCACCGCCAGCGGGAGCUCUGGUGAGAGCAUGGACUCCGUCAGCGUGUCAUCCUGCGAGUCAAACCACUCAGAGGUGGAGGAAGGCUCCAUCACUCCCAUGGACACACCCGAUGAGCCUCAAAAAAAGCUCUCUGAGUCCUCCUCCUCCUGUUCCUCCAUCCACUCCAUGGACACAACUUCCUCAGGGAUGUCGUCCUUGAUGAACCCCCUCUCCUCCCCUCCGUCCUGCAACAACAACCCGAAAAUCCACAAGCGCUCUGUCUCUGUGACAUCCAUUACCUCGACAGUGCUGCCCCCCGUCUACAACCAGCAGAACGAGGACACCUGCAUCAUCCGCAUCAGCAUAGAGGACAGCAACGGCAACAUGUACAAGAGCAUCAUGUUGACGAGCCAGGAUAAAACUCCUGCUGUGAUCCAGAGGGCGAUGUUGAAGCACAAUCUGGACUCGGACCCGGCCGAGGAGUACGAGCUAGUGCAGGUCAUCUCGGAGGACAAAGAACUUGUGAUCCCAGACUCGGCAAAUGUCUUCUAUGCCAUGAACAGCCAAGUGAACUUCGACUUCAUCUUACGCAAAAAGAACUCUGUGGAAGAACAAGUAAAACUGCGUAGCCGGACCAGCCUGACGUUGCCCAGGACAGCUAAACGGGGCUGCUGGAGCAACAGACACAGCAAAAUCACCCUCUGAAGGCAGAGACGCGGGGCCCCUCGCUUGCCAAAGGCAGGGUUGGGCUGAGAAUAGGCCAUGGUGAUCGCAACUACCACCCAGUGUUAGAGGAUCGUUGGUGAAGUGGACUGAAGUUUGUUGAGCACCUCUGGUGUGCAGGGCACUACGAUAGGCAUCGUGGGGAAAUCGGAGAUGAGCUUGACACAGAACGGAUGACCGAUUCACUGAUUCUCUUUGACCUGAGAUUGAAAUGCAAAAUUAUCCGCAUUUAUAAAUCUAUAUGUAUGUACACAUAUUUGGUAUGUGUGUGUAUAUAUAUAAAUAUGAGGGACUUGUGGGAUAUUCUGGACUACGGGAAAACAGAUUUGCACAAUGGCCUGGGAAGUCGAGGUCACUUUUGACAGGGAAACAGAAGGAACUGAGAACCUUGUCUCUCACCUCCCAAGUAAAUGGAAUCACCCCUAGGAUUGCAGAGCGUCCUUUGUGCCAGUAUUAUAAGAAGUCCAACCUAUUUUUAUAAAGGGAGAGGAUUACUUUCUCAAUCAAGUGCCACCAGAAAAGAACCACUGCAGAGGUGGGAACUGCCACAGGCUGAAUGAAAGGCCACGUCAGACAGGGUUUGGAUGAGCCAGUGGCUUUGACCUCUGCUUGCAUCGGCCAGUGCAUCGGCUACCCCAGGGAGGGCGGCGAGCAGCUUCGGAGGCCCCUCUGAGCCACUGAACCAGCCGUCAGGACGCCUCUGGAGGCAACGCAAGCCCGUUUUGAUUUGGUAACUGCAUCGUGUGUCUCCCAUCCCCUAAAGAGCAUAUCACAAGCAUUUCUUGCACACGUAGCCAUGUUCUUUGGUAACUUAUCAACCAGAAAAGAAAGCUCAGAAGGAUGAUGAUUCACUUGGACUCUGAUCUGUCUCAGAAUGCCACUGCUUCAUUGUUUUUUUCUGAUUGCCUUUUGCAUGUGAAACUAUAUGUUUGCAGUCUUUUGCCAUCUGGAUCGUAGUACCUCUAUAUAUUAACGUGCAAUUUGUUCCUCAGGUGUAGAAAUCCCUACUGCAGCUGACUAUGUCUGAUCAUUUUGAGACCUGUGAAAGAUUUCUGAACAGCCAUCGCUCUGUGAAUAGCCCCCUGGAGACGUUCCCAGCUGAGAGCAGUGUCCUGUUUUUACUAACUUUUACAACCUUCCUGUGCCUACUCAUGGGGACAGAAGUGGGGCUUUGGCAUACUAUCCAGACCAUUUCUAGCGAGGUACACACAUUCUUCCAGAUGGAAUCAUUAACUUUCCUUUUCAGGUUCCCACACUCUGUAUCCCAGUGUCACUGUUAAGUGACACUUUUGUCUUCAGUAGCACCAUCAUCCUCUCCCUUCCAAAUCUGAGCUGUGCUGGGGUUUGAGCUAUAAAGCCAUAACAUGUGGGAUGUUGACAUGUGUAAGAAGCACUUUUAGAAUGUUGUCCUUUUUAAGAAAAAAAAAAAACUCAAAAUACCAGUUUUUAUUCCAAAAAUAAAGAACAGACCCAAAUAAGAAGUGCAGAUUGUAAUGUAGAGCUUUUUCUUUCUUUUGUUCGCCACCCCCCCCCCCUACUCCCCACCCCCUGUCCUGUAAAGAGAGCUCCCAAAGGUUAUGUGUGAUUCAUGUUCUGUAAAUAGUCAUAUGAAAUCUUCAAGAAACACCAGGGAAAGUCUAGAGAUUUGUGCCCUUGGACCAAAGAAUGAGAAUGAGCCAGGAAGGCCUCAGAUUUCCUGUAGGUCUUUCUAGGUCAGAAUGUACCUUGUAAAGACUGACUGGUAUCAACUAGUUGAAAAGCAUUUUUUUUUUCUUUUUUCCUAUUUUCGAGGCCGGUCUGAUUUGUGCUUCUGUGCUUGGAGGAGGGAUGGCCAGGGUGCUACACAUCAUGGAGAUGAAAGGAAAUGUAUCCUCAGCCUGAAUUUCUUGGCUUGAAGAUCAAAAAGAAAAUGUAGAAUUGUCAGCCUGGUUUAGGGUGCAGCUACCAAGACUUACAAGUUACGCCCGUGUGCUCGCCUUGUGUAUUUAUACUGUAUAUGUAGAGUCUAGAUUUAUAUACUGCAAUGUAAUAUAUAUAUAUAUAUAUUCCUUUUUUAAAAGACAAUGGAAGUUACAAGUAGAUAAAACAUAGCUUCAUUUAUUUAAUGCCACUUUAAAUGUCUUAAAUUUGUUUCCUGGUGGACUGCCGGGUAAUGCUUUUAGCUGCUGACAUGCUUGUCUUUCUGCCUCUCUGUCAUCUGUUUACCUUUUGGUUAAGUUAAUAAACUGAUUUGGGACUUGGUUGGCAUGUGCUGCCAGACUCAAA